GGAUACCACAUCAACAGGCCCCGGUCUGGUCUAUGCUAUUGCGGUUUCAUACAACAGUCAUGGAUCAGAGGCCCGGAGAAGCAGACGAGGCCUAUCAGGCCCGCAUGCUGGCCAGGAGUACCGAGACAAAGAAACGGGCAGAUGACGCUGUCGCAGCAGCAAAGAAGAAGGCAGAGGAUGCCGAGCAGGCACGUCUGCUAGCAAUUGAACAACAACGCCAGCAUGACGAGGCAGCAACAAGGGCUGCCGAUGAAGAAAGACACCAACGUCUUGAGAAGAUAUUUACCGGAGAGCAGGCAUUACUUACAAUGGCAGCGGAAUGGCGGACCGAGGCCGAGAAUAGAAAGCUGGAGGAUAGCGCAAACAAGAUAGCGCUCCUCCUCUCGCAUCUCACAGACCUCCUGGCAACCUGCAUUACACAACAGGAGGAGAUCCACGGUCUCGACAACUCUCUAGCUCACGUCCAAGAUCGCCUUCAGCGGUUGGAGCAGCGACCAGUCGUCGCCGCCGAUGCAAGCUCUUCCAACACCUCCGACCGCCUCAACACAUUGGAGAUGGACGUCGACUCACUCAAGGAUGGAGUGCAAUUGCAGCAGACCGCGACACAACAGUUGCAACAACGGAUCUGCACUACCGCCAACACCUCGAGUUCGGAACCGCGAGAGACAGCUCCAAAGUUCGAUGGGCAGGAGAUCUUCUGCGACUCAAUGAAGACAGAUCCGGUUCCAUGGUUUCGCAAGUUCGAACUCACGCUGCAGCUCCACAACGUCAAGGAACACAAGCACCACGCAUACUUGUACUCUCGCUCAGGGGGCGAGUGCCAGGCUUGGUUGGACAACCUGCUGUCCAAGUACGGAGUGGUAGCCAACGACUUGCACACCAAGAUCGUUGGGAUGAUCAGAAGGCGGCGUGGCACAAGCGGUUCCAGGUGGAGCCGCCGGAGAUCAAAGCCAUGGACAAGCUCAUGGUCUUCGAGCAAGGCACGCUGCCGAUUCAACAUAGAGGCAUUGGACCCGCUCACGUUCGAGGACUUUGCAUGGCUUCCUCUCCCGACCACAGGCCGCUUGUCGGGACCGCAAUGCGCAGCACUUAGCGCUCAUCUCCACACUUACUUAUCCUUCUAUGCACCACCAACUUCGCCGACGGAUGACGAAGUCGUGGUGGGGGACAUCCUGGCAUAUACUACCAAGGUGGCCUGCGAGUUUCGCACGCAGCGGUACGAUGACAACAACGCACCGCUCAUGUAUGUCCGCAUUCAGGUUGGGCAAGCGUCCUGCAGCGCUUUGCUGGAUAGUGGCGCGUCUCGCAAUUUCAUGAGCCAAUCCUUUAUGCAAAGGGCUGGCCUUGGCGCACAAGUUCGGAGGAAGGCAAACCCGACGGCGAUCAAGUUGGCGGAUGGAAAGACGCAACAACUUCUCGACCGUUACAUCGAGGCCGUACCGGUCUACUUCGCACCUCAUGCAUGCGAACCGGUAACAUUCGAUAUUCUCGAUACGGACUUCGACAUCAUAUUGGGAAUGCCUUGGCUUGCAAGUGCGGAUCACACGAUCAACUUCCACCGGCGGACUCUUAGCGUUCGCGACGCCUUCGGCGCGGAAGUGGCGUGUACUGUUCCUCUACCGCACCCUUCAAUCCGGUGCCAAGUGGUGACGGCCAAAUCAUUCCGGGCGACUUGCACUUACGAGCAACCCGAGGAGAUCGGCCUAUGUUUCCUACGGACUGUCGCGGUAGCCGACUCUUCACCCACGGAUUUGUCUUCGGACCCCCGUGUGGUGCGGUUGCUGGAUGAGUUCGUCGACAUCUUCGAGUCACCUACCGGUAUGGUGCCGGAUCGGCCGAUCUUUCACGAGAUCAUUCUUGAGGCCGGUGCCGUGCCGCUGAAAGGUUGCAUAUAUCGCAUGAGCGAGGAGGAGCUUGAGGUCCUCCGCGCACAACUCGACGAUUUGUUGGCCAAGGGCUGGAUCCGCCCUAGUAGCUCCCCAUAUGGAGCACCAAUUCUUUUCGUCCGGAAGAAGAACAAGGAUCUACGAUUGUGUAUCGACUACCGCAAGCUCAACGCGCAAACCGUCAAGAAUGUGGGGCCUCUUCCUCGCAUCGACGAUCUUCUAAAGCGAUUGGGCGGCGCAAAGUAUUUUUCUAAGUUGGAUUUGAAAUCGGGAUAUCAUCAAAUCUCGAUCCGGCCGAACGAUCGCUACAAGUCCGCGUUCAAGACGCGGUACGGGCAUUUUGAGUGGGUGGUCAUGCCUUUUGGCCUCACCAACGCCCCAGCGACCUUUCAAGCGACAAUGACCAAUGUGUUCCGUGCAAUGUUGGACCGGUUUGUGCUGGUCUACUUGGACGAUAUUCUCGUCUAUAGCCUGUCAUUGGAGGAUCAUCUUGGGCAUCUUCGACGAGUGUUGGAGAUGCUCCGCCGUGCCAAGUACAAGGCCAACCGSGACAAGUGUGAAUUUGUCCGGCAAGAGCUGAAAUACUUGGGCCAUUUUGUCACACCGGAGGGCAUCAGUCCGCUAUCGGACAAGAUUCAAGCCAUCCAAGAGUGGCCGGAGCCUCGGAACGUCACGGAUGUCCGCUCGUUCCUUGGUCUCGCCGGCUACUAUCAGCGUUUCAUCAAAGGCUACUCGAAGAUCGCGGCCCACUUGACCAAGCUUCAAUGCGAGGAUCGACCGUUCGACUUCGGAGAGGAGGCGCGGGAUUCAUUUUUGGCUCUCAAAGUCGCGCUAUUAUUGGCGGAGGUCUUGCGGAUAUACGACCCGCUUUUGCCUACGCGUGUCACUACGGAUGCGUCAGGCUAUGGCAUUGGUGGAGUCCUUGAGCAACAUGAUGGUGUGGACUGGCACCCGGUCGAGUAUUUCAGCAAGAAAGUGUCGGUCGUGCAUUCCAUUAAUGAUGCACGCAAGAAGGAGCUCCUCGCCUAUGUCCACGCGCUCAAGCGGUGGCGGCACUUCCUCCUUGGUCGAAGCCAAUUUCGAUGGGUAACGGACAACAAUCCGUUGGUCUUCUAUAAGACCCAAGACACCGUCGACAGCACCAUCGCUCGAUGGAUGACUUUCAUCGACCAGUUCGACUUCUUUCCCGAUCACAUUCCCGGAAAGUCGAACCGUUUUGCGGAUGCUCUUUCACGGCGUCCGGAUCAUUGUACCGCGGUCUACUCAACCUUCGAGAUCGACGAUGACCUGCGGAACAGCUUCAUCCGCGGGUACCAAGCCGACCGCGAGUUCCGCGACAAGUACGCGAAUUGCUCCUCUCCUAAUCCUGCGCCUUCUCACUACCGGAUCCAAGAGGGGUACUUGCUUGUCCACACGCGGGGGAAGGACCUUCUUUGCGUGCCGAGUGAUCCUCACUUGCGUACACGACUUCUUGGCGAGUUCCACGAUGCUCCCGCCACCGGACACUUUGGAUUCAAUCGCACGAUUGGCCGACUUUGCGAGCGAUUUUGGUGGCCCGGCCUUCUCGGCGACGUCACGCGCUAUUGCAAGUCAUGCGAGGUUUGCCGACGCUGCAAAUCCCGCAACCAUCGUCCGUACGGCGAGUUACGACCAUUACCGGUCCCGUUGAGGCGAAGGGAAGCGAUUGCCAUGGACAUUACCAGCCCGUUCCCCAAGCACAAGACCGGAGUGGAUGGGAUUCUCACGGUGGUCGACCGACUCACCAAGUUCGCCAUGUUCUUGCCUUGUCGCUAUCAUGCCAAGGCACCGGAGUUGGCCGAGAAGGACUGGGUUGAGCGGCUGCCGGAUGUCGAGUUGGCCUACAACUCUUCCAUCCACCCGGCUAUCGGGAUAUCGCCUUUCGAGUUUGAGCACGGCUCGCCGGUCACUUCACCGUUGGACACUAUUACUCCACGAACGGCCGAGAGCGACGACCAUCUUAUUUUCUUGCGUCGGAUGCAAGAGCUUCUUGUCAAGGCACGCGACCAGAUGGCUAAGACGCAGCAACGCAUGAGCCAGCAGGCCAAUCGCCAGCGUCUUCCUUGCCCAUUCAGUGCAGGGGAUCUCGUUUGGGUUUCUGCAGCGGAAUUCAGCCUUGAACAAGACAUCUCUCGCAAGCUCCUCCCGAAAUGGGUGGGGCCUUGGCCGAUCGUAGCACCCGCUGGAGACGCACCCGAGGGACCUUCCUUCACGAUUCAGGUGUCUGGCCACUUGCCCGUCUACCCAGUCUUUCAUUGCUCCAAGUUGGCUCUUUACAUGCCAGCGGAACAUGACGAUUUUCCCGGAAGACGUUCGCAAGACCCACCAUCCAUGGAUGGUUUUCAGGAGGUCGGCGACAUCAUCUCCCAGCGGCGCUACGGCAACAGGCCAACCGAGUAUUUAGUGCAUUUUGCCUACUGCACACACCGAGCUGACCGUUGGUUGACCCGUGCGGAACGUCAAGCAAGAGCUCCAGACGUUCUCGCACGCUACGAACGCAAGAUGCAAGGCAAGCCGGUUUCUUCGGCUCCACGCCACGCCCGCGUCCAGGUUCCACCUUCAGAUCGUCGGCUUCGCCCUCGCCCCGGCUUGACUUCAUAAGGAGAGGGGGGUGUUGCAUGCUGCACCUGCACACGCGGGCCAUUUUCCAGGCCCUGCGUCCUUCAGGCCGAAAGCCUGAAAUCC